AUGCGUUUUGGAAAACCUUUUGAGGAAACCCUACAGAUCAAGGAGUCAACUCUGGAAAUGUUUCUGUCUAGAAUUUUGGUGUGUUGGACUAAUUCUGCCAUACAUGUCCUUGAAUCAAGUUCCCCAAGCCUAAAGGACAGUCUGAAUGGGAAUUCAAGCAUAGUUAGGAGACUUUUGGAAUAUGUCUAUACCCACUGGGAACAUCCAUUGGAUGCUCUGAGACACCAGACCAAAAUCAUAUUCAGAAAUAUUCUCCAAAUGCACCAGCUCACUAUAGAAGAGCCAAAAAAGUCAGAUUUGGCCACUGAUCAUUUCAUUUUGGAACUGACUGAGAGUCUUCUGCGAUUGGAAUGGCAUAGUAAAGGAAAGUACACAUGCCUUGGUUGUUUAGUAGAGUACAUAGGAAUUGAACAUAUUUUGGCAUUAGCUAAAACUGUUCUAUCGCAAAUCUUAGAGGUGAUGGGGGAUCAGUCAUUGGUGCCUUAUGCAAGUGACCUCUUGGAAACUAUGUUUAAAAACCAUAAGAGUUGUUUGAAAUCCCAGGCUGUCGACAACACUUGGAUUGAUAAGUGGCAUGAGACUUGGGUUUCUCCUCUCCUUUUUAUACUGUGUGAAGGAAAUCUGGAUCAAAAAUGUUACGUGAUUGAUUAUUACUUGCCAAAAUUACUGAAUUGCAACCCUGACAGCUUAAGCUACAUGGUAAAGAUUCUUCAGACUUCUGCUGAUGCUAAAACUGGUAAGAAGAUGAAUUUUUAUUGUUGUAAUUUCUAGUUAGGAUGCUUAAAUAUGGCUAGAGCUCAUGGGCAUCUUCAGUCUGCAACUGAUGCCUGGACGGACCUUGUGUCCAGUGAAAGAAUAAAGCAAGGCUUAAUUCAUCAGCACUGCCAAGUACGGAUCGAUACAUUGGGCUUGCUUUGUGAAAGUAAUCGAAGCACAGAAAUUGUUUCCACAGAAGAAAUGCAGUGGAUUCACUUCUUUAUCACAUACAACCUUAACAGUCAGUCUCCAGGAGUGCGGCAACAGAUUUGUUCUCUUCUUGAAAAGUUGUUUUGUAGGAUACAGGAAAGUUCGCAGGUACUUUAUAAACUGGAGCAAAGUAAAUCCAAACAUGAACCAGAGAAUGAGUUAACCAGACAGCACCCUUCUGUUUCUUUAGAGCAAUAUAAGAAUUUCAUGUCAUCCAUUUGCAGCAGUCUUUUUGAAGCAUUAUUUCCUGGCUCUUCCUACCCAACUAGAUUUUCAGCUUUAACCAUUUUAGGCUCAAUAGCUGAUGUUUUUCCUGUAUCAGAAGGUCAUGUCCAAACAGUGUAUCAGCUAAGUCAUGAUAUUGAUGUUGGUCGUUUCCAAACACUAAUGGAAUGUUUAACUGGCACUUUUGAAGAAGUGAAAAUUUUAGCAUUUGAUCUUCUAAUGAAGUUACCAAAAACGGUUGUACAAUUUCAGGUAUCUGGACUUCUCUCUUGCAAGGGUCAGGAUAUUUACAAAAUCUAUCUUCAAGGAAAAAGAUCCAAGCUGACCGAGCUUGGCCAUCAAAAUAGUGAAGUGCAGAGCAGGACGACUAGAAGGGAAACUGAAGCAGAAGUCCAGCCAUUGCAUACAGAACAAAGCCUCUCGGACUGCGGCCCCUGCUGCCUCAGUGACCCCGUCUUCCCCGGGGCCUGCUGGCUCCAGCCGCCUGAGGAAGCUCCCGCGAGACCAGGCCCACGACGGCUGUCCGGGAAUCAAGAAACUGGCUCACCUGCGUCUCCCGACUCCAGGCCUCCCGCACGCCUCCCGCACGCCUCCCGCACGCCUCGCGCCCCUUGUCUGCCUGCCGCUCACGCAGCCUCAGGUGGCUCCUUGGCCCCAGGCUCUCAGCAGGCCCCAGCGAGUCCGGGCGUCCGGUUCCUCCAGGAGACAGCCGGCUCCAGGGACCUUAGGUUGCUCCACGGCCCUAAGUCCCCGGAGAGCGACGCCUGCCGGCCCCGAGGCCCCGUGCCUCUCGCGUGGACCAGGUGGCGUCCACAACGCCAGGCCUCCGCAGGUUCCCGCGAGCCCGCAAUCCUGAGGGAUUGGUCUCACAACUGCGCCUGCGCCCGCGGCUCCAGUAGCCCCAAGCAGCUCCCGUCGCCGCCCGAAGCGUUUUCCAGUACGACCACGGGCGCAGUGCGGCCAGGGGGCUGGGAAGAUGGCAGAGGCCGUAGCCCUGGCGGCAUGGGGAGGGGGGCUGCCGAGUGGGAGGCAGUCAUUUGCCCCCAUCUGCUCUGCGGCCUGGCGGGGUGCGGUCUCUGCUGCCCAAGGUUCGUCUUUAGGUCACACUGCUCCCUAGAGGCCUGUGUGGUCCAGUCAGGGAGCAGCGGGGACGAUGACAG